UGGUUCUUGAACAUUCUCUCAUUUUUAAAUAGAGGCGGCUAAUCCAGAUUUUUGGCAUGAACUUUCUCAUAAUCUUCUAUCUACUAUAUAUAAAUACAUCAUUCAACUUAUCUCAUAUUCGAAAAAAAAAGUUGGCUCGAGUAGUUAGGAUUAUUCAAUUGGAUUCAUGUCGAAAGCUAAAUUCUACGUUUUUGUUUGUUUCUUCAUGCUACACGUCGUAGAAUGUCGAGGCCGCUCAUAUCUACAAUAUGAUGAUUUAGUUUCAGAUGGAAUGAAUUCCUAUCAUGAUGUUUAUCAGUCUGAUACCACCUACAUUAAACAGUUGAAACAAGUUGAAACAACGUUAACGACGAUGACUAAUUCGACGGAGGAAAUUUGUGAACAUAUGUACGGGUUUUUACCAUGCUCAAGCAAUCUUCUAGGACAUCUUUUUCAGAUUGUUGUUUAUGAAUACUUGUUAUUUCUUGGUGAAAGAUACGUCACAGAAGGAAGUGAACUAGUUUUCCAAAUUCUGCCUGGUAUUUUUGGUGCUUCUGUUUUCGAAAUCCUUGGGGCAUUCCCUGAAGCCAUGAUACUUAAAGUAUCAGGACUUUCUAAAAGUAAGGAGAUUGCCGAAGAAAAAGUUCUCACCGGAGUCGGUUUGCUUGCUGGAUCUACUGUCUUGCUUCUAACUUUAGUAUGGGGAACUUGUGUCAUCGUUGGCAAGAAUGAAAUUCUUCCCGGUGAUUCACUUUCGAUUUUGAAUCGGAAACGAGCGGCCAAACGACCAUUGUUUUCCAAAAUUCGAUCUUAUAUAACUGGUUAUGGUAUUACUACAGAUCAAGAAACGAGUUAUACUUCAAGGAUCAUGAUUCUAUCUAUAGUUCCAUUUAUUCUUAUUCAGAUACCAGAACUAAUUAUCAAGUUAUCUUAUGUUCGAAAAAUCAUCACCGUGGUGACGCUAGUUGUGUCGAUUGCACUAUUGCUUCUUUACUUCCUUUACCAGGUCUUUCAGCCGUGGAUUCAUGACAGACGAUUAGAAUACAUGAAACUCGAGCAUCUGAUGGCGAGGUUCUUGAAACAUGUUGAAAAACAAGCUGCCGGAAAGCUCUUGGCAGCAGAUGGAACUCCAAAUUUACCUAUCAUAGAAGGGCUGUUUGACAAAGUUGAUGUGGACGACAAUGACAAUAUAUCUCCUGAGGAAUUUAAAGAACUGAUUAGAGAAAUCAAAUCCGAUACGAAAAAUAUGGACCAAAAUGAUAUCAUUGAUGAAGUGGUCAAAGAGUUCGAUGCAGAUGCUGAUAGAAUGAUUUCCAAAGAUGAGUUUGUUAAGGGUUUCGCAAAAUGGCUUGUUAAGACUAAGAGCAAUAUUAGCAGUCGAAGAGGAGAAGGGUCGUACUCGAAAAAGUACAUCGAAAACUUAUACCAGGAUAGAAUGCUGGAAUAUGCAAAGACCAAAUUACUAAUGCAAGGAAUUUUAAGACAAUUUGAAAAUGACGAUGCAGUGGUCGAAAACUCUCUCAGAAUUGAAGUUGGUACACCGAAUAUAUCAUUUAUCACAAGAUUGUUUGACAGAUUUGACAUAGAUAAGGAUAAUCUUAUUUCGCAUCAAGAACUACGAACAUUGAUAGAAGGUAUCAAGUUUGGAAAGAUAGAGUUGGAUAUGGACGAUGCCGUUGAGGAAUUAAUGAAUGAGUUAGAUACCAAUGGUGAUCAUAUGAUUGACAAGGAAGAAUUCAUCAGUGGAUUCACGAAGUUUGUCGAAGCAAAUCAUCCGACAACUGGAUUUCCAGAUACUCCACAUGUAAAAACACCAAGGGAAAAGGUUAAAGAAGUCGAAGAAGGAGCUAUCGAGAACAAAACGAAGGCGGGUUGCAAAGCUGGACUACUGUUAGUUCUAGGAAUUUCAGUUCUAUCUUUACUUGCUGAACCUCUUAUAGAAGUUGUUCAGGAUUUCUCCAAUUCCGUGAAUUUACCAUCUUUCUUUGUAUCGUUUGUCUUGUUACCCGUGGCUACUAAUUCUAGAAGGGCAGUUUCAGCCAUUGUUUCUGCAAGUCGAAAGAAUCCUCGAACUACUUCAUUAACAUUUUCCGAGAUUUAUGGAUCAGUGUUCAUGAACAAUGUGUUAGGAUUGAUUGCACUUCUAUCUCUUGUAUAUGCAAGAGACUUGGAAUGGAAUUUCUCAGCUGAAGUUUUAAUAAUUCUCGUCAUUUGCUUGAUAAUGGGUCUUCUUUCAAGUUUCCGCACCAAAUUCCCCAUUUGGAUAUCUCUGAUAGCAUACCUUUUAUACCCAUUGUCUCUACUCAUGGUUUACAUUCUUAAUUCUGUCUUGAAAUGGCAUUGAAGUGUGAAGUGUGAACACUUCUUUACCUAGUAGGCUUGUGAAUGGGCUUUUCCUCUUACUUCUUGAUUCCGAUUUCGAGGCAUACAAUGUAAUGACAAAAUAGAGUCACUAUGUAGUAAAAUCAAUAAUUCCUUAUCCAUCAUAUUUUUAUCA